AUGGGCGAUCAACCAUGGCUCGACGACCUCUCCGACGACUGGGUACUUACACCAGACAAGCCCACCCCCAUCAGCCCUGCACCUGCAGCUGCUUCAGCGACUUCAUCUCCCGCCGAGUCCCACAGCUCCGUUUACAAGAACUCGCCCAGUCGCAUUCCCAUCAUCACGCGUCGCCUCGCCAAACAAGAAUCGCCCGCUGAUGAGAAGAAAAAAGUCACUCGCCCCUGCCAUUUUUACAGAAGAGAGCCUCCAACGCCCAAAACCCCUAGAACGCCCAAGACGCCGUCAAAGUUGCGAUCCCCGGUACCUGACAAGACAAGCAGAAGUCCGCGGCCUAGUCUGCCCUCUGCGCGUAAACCAAAAUCGACAAUGGGUACGAGGUCGCCGCUGCGCUCGGUGUCGAACGUCUCCAGUCCAUCGAGUCAGCACGAUACCGUCCAAGUGAGACCGAAGAAAGGCAAAGAGAAGGAGACGACGACACCCGAAUGGCAGAAACGGUUGAUCCAAGGAGAAUUGCCCUCGGGUGAGCAACGCGAUCUGUUUGCGCCCAUUGGACUCGAAAGCGUGUUCAAACCGCCCACCCCAGGCUCUGAUACAACACAGAAAGGCGCCUUUGCGAAGAUGAAACCUGCUGAUGACCUGUGGGACUUUUCGAAUCGCAGUUCAGCGCGCAAACAUACCCGGAAGCCGAGCAGGCUUUCAAUAGAGGUAACUGAAAGGGAGAGCGACGAUUCGCCUCUCCAGAAACCCAAGCCACCAGCGCCAGAGGUAGUCCGGCGCAACCCAAAGCAGCCGAUAGAGAGCCCUACACCGUCACCGAAGGGAACUGUGCAGAAAAAGAAGGUGCCGGACACAGGACCACCAGGUGAUUCGAAUGAUGGUCCGCACAACUCUCAAAUUGACAAUCGGAUGCGGACUGUAAGCGGAUUGGAGGAUCUUCGCAAUGAAGGGAUCACGCCAAUCAUGUUCACGCGCGUCAACACACUCGAAGGGGAGGCUACGGCAGAGGUCAUCAAGUCAGCCCUCAAGCAAGUCACCAACAAACUUGAGCGCCUCUCUGUGGGUGCACGUGAGCGUCCCGAUUCCAGAGCCAGUGAUAGCGUGCUGCUUCAUCAACAGAGCGAGAUUCCCGAGAUGUUACCGGAGGAUGAUCUCUUCGACGCGACAAGUCACUCUCUGCCCCAGGAUUUAUCUACUGGCACCCUAGACUACCGAGGACGAGGGCCCUUUGGGAACGUGCGUGGUGAACAGUAUCUAAGUGAAGCUUCCUUCCCAAGACGACAGCUCUCUCCAUCAUCCUUUCCCUCACAGCGCUUUUCUCCAUUUCUCCCCUCCAAUUCGAGAAUCCGCAGCUCGCCUCCAUUUUACAACAAAAUGCCUCACGUCGUCGACCCCCCGACAUUACCCAGGCCCUCUUCGGCUCAUGUAGGGGCACCACCUACCGGGCGAUCCAGUGGCAGCAAUGCCAUGGGUAUACCCUCUUCUGGAAGUCCAUUGAAACUGUUUGGAACCCACGAUACCUUUACAAACAACCGGCUGCUGCGUCGUAUGAGCCAGUUCGAAGAAACCUUUGGUGAUUUGUCGGAGGAAGACGAGCCGGUCUCGCCUUCAGAAACUGCCCGACGUAAAGGUGAAAGCCGGUCAUUUCUGAGUGUCAGGCAGGAUACGCCUGGCGAUCGAUCCACGAAAAGGCAUGACCGCCCACGGUCGCGCAAUAUGAUGAAACCAAGAAUCAACCGCUUUGGGGAUGGCGAACUCGAUAACUUCGACUUCUCUGAUACAAGUCCUUACGAGCCCAAGUUUUUGAAUAACGACCUGGCCGACUCCAGCCUGCGGCCCUCACCACGGCAAACCGUUUCCGCCAAACGUCAACCACAUCGAAAUAGCGCUUUGAAAAACUACAGUCGGGAUUCCGAUCUUCAUGGGGAUAACCCCACUAAGGCUUCCAACAACAGGUCAGAGCCUACUGCCGAUCACAACGAUGUGGAUGAUACCGAAGAAUUCGAAAAACAUGGGACUACUGACACUCCAGCUAAGGAUCCUAAUCCGAAGAGGCGCAGGACGAUUCUUAGCCUGGGCAGCUCUGGAGGAGACAAAUACGAUCUGAGAGACGGCAUGCAUGAGCCUGCAGAUAACAUGUCCUUGCUGCAAAGAAGUUUGAUGCAACAUGGUAUGGACUAUGGGGAUGAGGAGUCACUUCUUCGGCCACAAUCCUCAUCGCGGCCCAGAACCCCAACGCCAAGCCAGAUCAGAUCGUCUCUGAGGAAGAGAUCCUCAUCCAAUCGAGAGGGGAUAUUCGAUGAUUCAAAUGGUCGAAUGGGCCAAAAAUCCCCCACGGGAGCAAGUGUUCCGAUGCUGAAAGUCACUGGCGUUGAUGAACAGGUUCGCAAGGGGUCCAUAACAACACAAGAUUUCCUGAAUGAAGCGACGAAGAUCAUGGAUAUCAUUCGAGCUAAAGGGAAGCCGGCAGUCGCUCUCUCGAGCGUGGAGGAGUCUGACAUGGAGGCUCAGAAUGAGCAAGAGAGCUAUGAGGACGAAUCAACCCGAGAGGAAUUCUCACGUCCUCCCAGCCGAGAAGGUGUGGAUAUACGUAAAUUACGCGAACCAACGAAACCCAAUCCCAGAGUGUUGAGCCAUCUGAAGAAAUAUCAAGAACAAGAUGAUGCAGACUUUGAUGUGAACACUUCGGUCAUGUCAUUGCAGCUCGAAAAAGGAGAGACCACAGUUGCCCUCCCCGAGAAACAUGCGCAUCGGCAACAGCAAAUCUCUCAGAGGGCACGAGAAGCACACCUCGGGCAGUCAGCGCACCCAGAUGACUUGCUUGACAAUGAUGCACGACCUCCUCUGACCAUCGAUACCCAGAUGUCUUCCAAGAGCUUCAGCUCACGCUCUAUUCCCACAACCUCUUCCUUCAGCUCCCACGCAAAGGGGAUGUUAUCGUCUGAUCAAGUGUCACAUCUGAUCCCGGAACAGGUAAACGGCUUCACUUAUGAUCGUUCCAAGCAUCAGUGGGUGAAGGAGAAGCCUCGGAGGUCUCCAGAAAAGCCAAAAAACGAUGAUAGCGAGGAAGAUCCAUUCAAAGAUAUCCCUGAUCUCAGCGUCGACGAAUUGCAGGAGAUGAUCAAGGCGCGGAACUUAUCGUCACCAGAAAAGACCAGAGGCCAGUCUGCAGACGAAGGGCAGGGCCAUAUCACAAGUUCCUCGAGUAUCAAAACGUCACCAUUUAAGCCCGGCUCUGAAGCACAGGGGACAGACGGACCUUCAGCUAGUGGCAGUACCGUUCGCUCCAAGAUGACACGUUUCACGUCCAGUAUUCCAAACUCGGAAACCAGGGCCACGUCGUGGGAUGGAGACGAACCAAAUGACACGGAACCCUCCAGUGAGGUCGAACACGAAAUACAACUUCACGAAGGCCGUCUGUCAAAACCACCGCGAAAUCAGCGGGAUGUUAAUCACCAGGCCAGGGUUGUUACUAUCAGCUUCUCCUCACCACUUGUUUCCCAUAUUGUAUAUGGAGACGACGAACACUCAGCGAAGUCUUCUCAAGUCAAUGCAGAUGGCUUUGAGAAGGGCGUUGGGGUGACGAGUUCAACCACGCGUUUACUCCCCACCCGUUCGUCCCAAUUGAUCCCACAUCGGAAUUCUCUCGAAGGAAGGUCCUUUCUGCGACACUCGAUAUCCAGGAUUGAUGAGCGUGGCGAAGAGGUCGAUGGUAGCGGGAGUCUACUGCCGAGGGACCCCGGAACUCUCGAUUCCGUGCCUGUCACCGAAGAGACAGAAAAUUCCUUGGUUCAUCUUUCACGUACCGGGCAUGAUACAACUUAUAGCUUCCAUCUUAGCCCCUUGCCGGAUUUCACUCUCAAUCAAUUCGACCAGUCCCUCCAUCUUGAAGUGAGCUACAUUGCCCAACGCACUCAAUCUACUUCCUUGCGCCAGGUGCACGGGACGUUCGCCUUGGCUACCGAAGAUCUGGUCAAGCACCUGACUGAGGCGGAGCCUUUUGAGCCAUAUUGGGACCAUGUGCGACGCUUGAUUCUUCGAGAUAAGGGCCUGACCACCCUUCACAAGUUGAAUGACUUCUGCCCCCGGCUGGAGGACCUCGAUGUCUCAGAUAAUGAGAUCGGCCAGUUGAGUGGUGUGCCUACAACCCUGAGAACUUUGCGGAUACCACGAAAUCGUCUCUCAAGCUUAACCGCGUGGGGUCACUUGAUCAAUCUACAAUAUCUUGACGUGUCAAAUAACGAGCUGGAGAGCCUCGAUGGAUUUGGCUCUUUGAUUCAUUUGAGAGAGCUGAAGGCAGACGGAAACCAUAUCCGAAACCUUGAUGGUGUACUCGAUCUGAAUGGGCUCUUGAGCUUGAAAUUGAGCCACAACUCUUUGACAGCGGUCGAUUUUGGAGCGGCGGAACUAACUCGCUUGCAAGAGUUAGAUUUAAGCCACAAUCAACUGGUGUCGGUCCGGCAUUUGGACUUGCUGCCGUCAUUGUCGAAGCUUGAUCUUAGCGACAACUACGUGAAGAAGAUAAACCUUUCGGCUCCUUUACCCUCGCUGGAGUCAUUGAAGCUUGCGAAUAACCAGCUCCAGAAUCUUGAUGUUAGCAUGCUCCAAUCCUUGGUACUCCUCUAUCUCGACCAAAAUUACCUCUCAACGAUUUCUGGAUUGGAGAGAUGCCGCGGUCUAGAAAUUCUUUCGGUCAGGGAGCAGAACUUGGGUGAUCAGAAAGACAGGUGCUUCGACCUUGACCUUGGAAAGAUUAAAGACAUUCGCAAGGUUUACCUUUCGUCAAACAAGCUAUCGACACGAGCACUCCAACCAUCGUCUCCACUUCUGAGCUUACAGCUCCUGGAUGCUGCUUCGUGCUGCCUGCACACCCUGCCUGGAGGUUUCUCCUCCAACUUCCCAAACAUCAAAGUCCUAAACUUGAACUUUAACUCUUUGAGUGAUAUUACCGAACUAGUGGGCUUGAACUGUCUCUCUCGGCUGGGUGUUGCUGGCAAUUCUAUCGCACGUUUGAGAAAGCUAUGCCAAGUUCUAAGCCUAAUGGGGCGCACCAAAAAGGGACAGGAAUGCUCCCUCCAUAAAGUGGACCUAAGAGGUAAUCCUCUCACGGUGCGAUUCUACCCACCAGCCGUGACCGGGAAUGGAAGACUUGAGGACAAAAGAAAGCAAGGAGCAAUCUCCGAGGGCGACGAGCACCAAUCAAAGGCUCCUCUUGACCUGCGCUCUGCUUUGGCCUGUAUGGGACCACAUGAGGGUGUCCUCCGCUCCCCUCUGUGGGAAGCCCAUGAGGAGGCAUAUCCCGAACGAGAACUUGAAAUCAACGAUCCGUAUACAUUGCCACCUGCUGACCCCUCUGCGGAUCGGAAGUACCUAUCUCAUUUGGAUGAAGGCACGCGGCUACGUCGCAAAGUCUUCGAGCUCAUGCUCUAUGCGGGGACCGGCGGCUCCGUCAAGUUCCUCGAUGGACUGGAAUUCCGGCCCGUGCUGGUUGAAGGUUCGGAUAUGGACCACGCAUGGUCGAAACUGGAGAAGCUCGGCGUGCUGAAGAAGAAGAAGGCAAUUACCCAAUAA